UCGAUUUGUGCGCGUCUCAAGUUUUUCUAUGAAUUUCCCCCAUAAACAAUCUUCAAUUGAAACGCUCCGGCAAUUGAACUACUUUUCUAGAUUUAUGCAUUCUAAAUUGACUGCCGAAUCGGAGAACAUUUCGAUGAAAGCACAGGAAAGUCCUCAAUUUGUAACUCAGGAGGGAGCGCGAUAAUGACGAGCCCGUCUUGGGCGUGUUUGUGACAGCAGGCGGGAUUAAUUGCCGUCACACAGGGCGUAUGUGUAAUAUAUUAAAUGCAUAAUUGAGCAGAGGAUUGAUGGCUGGAUUGACGGAAGGCUGCCGCCUGACGCCUCCUGCACGCCAGCUUUUCGCUGGCCUCCUUUGAUAAGCCGCGACGGGAAUGACAUAAGUGCGGCAGAGAUAAUUAAACCUUCAGUGACCUUCAGUCCGCCGUGAUAGCCCAUUAUCCGCGUUUUCCCAUUAAAUCAUUGUCGUCGCCGUAAAAAAUGACUCUGGAAAGCCAUUUUAUCUGCUUCUGCGGAGAGCACAGCCAUGGAUGUUAGAAAGCAUUUGGGUUUAUGGACGCUUGUCCUGGUCGCCAUCCUGGCUCUGUACGGGCGCCCGGCGGACGCCUGCUCUUGCAUGCCCUCCCACCCACAGACGCACUUCUGCAAGGCUGACUACGUUGUGCAACUGCGAGUCCUGCGAAAAUCAAACACCAUCGAGCCGGGCAAGACCACAUACAAGGUGCACAUCAAGAGGACCUACAAGGCGACUCCGGAGGCACGGCGAAUGCUGCGAGACGGCCGACUGGCCACGCCCCGGGAUGACGGCAUCUGCGGCAUAAGCCUGGACAUCGGAAGGGUGUAUAUAGUGGCGGGACGCAUGCCGGCCCUGGGCGUGUGCCACUACUACAAGGAGUACACCAAAAUGACCAUCACGGAGCGCCACGGCUUCAGCGGUGGCUACGCCAAGAGCUGCAGCUGCGAGGCCAAGCCCUGCUUCCAAAACAACUGCUUGAACCGCCGCCACUACGCGGACAUGUGCCAGUGGUCGCCCUUUGGAAAGUGCGAGACGAACUACAGUGCCUGCAUGCCCCACGUCGUCCAGACUGUAAACGGUAGCAUCUCCCGCUGCCGCUGGCGGCGCACGCAGCUCUACAGAAAGUGCAUGAGCGAGCCGUAAUCGGGAGCUCCUGUCCGGGAUACUCCCUUGCAUCCCUCCCCUUGUUAUAUGCUAUCGUUUCUCUAUCUGUAUCUAGAGCUUUAAUACGUACGUUAUGCUUAAUGUGUUAUUUAUUAAUUGAUGCUUUUUGACGAAAAUGUAACCGGCUCGAGUAGCUACUUAAUUAGUGUCUAGAUCUUAAUUCCUAACGUAGAGCUUACCAGAUCCCGCGGAUUGGGGAAGAAGGUCUGCUCGAUCAGCGGGAAGCCGUCACGUCCCAGGCGACGUUGCAGCUGCAACAGGUGCGAGAAUACCCAGGGUUUGUCCUUAAAAAAACAACAGAAAAGAGAAAAAUAUAUAUAAGAAACGUCUGCAACUCGUAAAGGAUCAGAAUCUCACCUGGAACUGGUAGAUCGAGUGCAGCGAGUUUAUGCUGGGCACUCCGCCGUACUUCAGGCCCAGGAUUGUGGAGCGGAAGUCGCUGGACCCGUCGCGAGGCGGCUGGCGAAUCAACACAAAGUCCGGCCGGAAGGAGCGCGCCACCUGAAAAGCAUAAUCGUUAAGGACGAGAGGAUUCUCUAGAUAUAAGAAUUCUAAACUCUGGCAAAGCAUUUUCUUAUAGUUUUUUAAACCGAAAAAUAUACGUUUUCUAAAAAGAG